CAUCGGUGGAUUCCAACAUGUCUGCCCCCGUGCCAAUGUGUUUUGACGGGAGCACAAGAUGAAUCGGGGGACAGCAGGCUCACCCUCUGGGAGAACAAUUUGUUUGCUCGUUAGCUUUAAGAUUCUGUUUUAUUUAGACAUACAUCUGCCAUUGGCAUUCGACUCUGUACCACUGGGACGAGGGGAAGAAGCCAAGUGAAGGACUUCCAGUCGGGGCCCGCUGUGUUGAGCUGAGCACACAGAACUCAAACAAGGCAAAAGAAUAUGUAUAAUAUGCUAAUUGUAUUACUUUGCUCUACAUUCCUUCCUUACAGUGUUGCGCUGUCUGCUUUGUGACAAAGUUGUUAAAUAGAUUUCAUGAGUGAACUUGUAUGUUUUGUCAGGCAGCAUGAGCUCAGUGGCACUUAAAGUGUUAUUCAUUUAAUCCUCUAAAGUCUCAGGGAAACGUAUCCCAGCCCUGUAUAUAAGUACCUGCUGCAGUAAUUGCUGCAAGCGUUUUGUCCCCCUGCAGUUUUAAAUGAAAGGUUUGUUUCACUUCAACAGCAAAUAGAGGAGAAAAAUAGCCUCUGAGAAGGAGGGGUAGGUGUGUUUUGACUGCAGAACGUCCACCAAAGAGGAUUAAUGUUGAGAUUAGAUUAGAAAACCCUUUGAUUAGAAUUAAAUGAAUGCAGUUUUCAAUAUACAGUCAGCGCCACGCUAUAGAUCACCGUCCUCCGAUUGCUGAUACCGACACAGAAGCAAAUGACUGUGCAAUGUGAAACUCACGUUAGAGCGACUCAGAAAGAGCAGGCUUCACAUACAGUAGAUUAUAUAUGUUUUAUGAGCUCUCAUCAAACCCACAGACAUAAAACCGUCAACAGACGUUUACAGCAAACAGGCACAGACAUGCAAGCUGUACUGUGUUUGCCUGCUGAGGAGAGUCACGUCUAUAGGGAGAAGCUGAAGACCCACAUGUUUCCCCCAAAGAGCUGAGUGGAUCCCAAACCAAGGCUUAAAGACGACAAUAUCAGACAAAUGCAGGACUUGUAUUCAGGUUAGUGCAGUUGGAAGUUUAAAGUUAGACUGGCUGACUAGUCCUAAGGUAAGAAAACAAAGAAAACAGCCCAACUGAGUCAAUUAAAGGACUCGCUGUUAUCUUCUGUUUUCACACUGGACACAAACAGUCGCGUCCCAAAGAGAAGGAGACUGGAAGGCCUCUGCUUGUUUAACCUAAACAUCCAUCCUGGACCUCUUCCCCAGAGAGACUUUUCACGCUUCAUAGUACCUCACCUCACUUACUCCUCGGCAGCUGUAGUCGGAGUGUGAACCACACCCCUCCUGAUGGACCCCAGGGGACCUUAUUUUCGGAAAAAAAAAAAUGUACGGUAAUGAACGGAGGGAGACAAAUGAUUCUAUUGAAAUUCAACCGGGAUCAAAAGAUGUAUUUGUCUCACGUUAUUCUUAAAGGUCCCAUGGGGCAAACAGGAAGAUGUGUGACUCCAGAGCUCUAUAUACUACAGCUGCCGAACAACAUAAUAACAUAACAUUAUCAUAAUAACCUGCUUUCAUUUUUUUUUCUCCAUGCCUUCACGUUGCAUGUUAAAUAAAUGAUCAGGUCAUAAAAAAUAGAGUAAACGCACAGUGCGAUUUCUGCCUCUCAAAACAAUGAAAACAAAGGAUGUUUAUGAAGUAGCGUGGGAUCAUGGGAGCUGUUGUGUUCAGUGUCAAACAGGCACUGCAGCUGAAACUGAUCGCGGGCGCGGUAUUGUAUUACAAUUUUUAUUUGUCCAACAUUUAAUCACUUUCGCCGGCUUCCCUCCUCGUUGUUACCUUGAACCAUGUUAUCUAACCAAGACACUGUGUUACACCAAAAUAAUGGCCUGGUCUGUAUCCAUGUCUGUGAGUCUGUCAAGCCUCUCAGAAAUGUAAAAGUGAAUUUCAAUGACUCCUGCGUUUGUCUGCAUGGUGACCCUUUGGCUCAUCCUGAAGGACCUCCUCAGAACCCACUUCAACAACCAGUGGCUCAUUGAAGACAGCCAUACAUCCACACUGUCCUUCAGGUCAUGCGUCGACUCGAGCCAGCGAGGUGCAUUCAGGUCGUGCCAACGCCCUCUGGCUGCGUGCGGAGGAGUUGCAGGGCUUCGGCUCCACCAACGGGCUCAGCUCGGCUCGGCUCGUCUCGGCUCCCCUCUUCUUCCUCCCUGAAGCUCGCCUUUCGUGCCACUGGUGCCGCGACUUGAACGCAGCCAAUCUCUUCCCCCCGUGACGCCACCGAGGCUGGGCUCAGAGGGCUCGGAUCAUAAUAUUUAACACACCCACCCCCGGAUGAACACUUGGACGGGAGACAAGGCGGCGUUGAGGGGCGGACGAACGACGAGCGGGAUCGCUGCACCUGCCAGCCGCUCUCUGGUCUGACUUCAGCGGGGAAGGAAAGAAGGAAGGGAAGGGAGGGAGGAAGGAAGCGGGACCGCAUCCAGGGAGCAUCCGAGCGGCGUAUCACCUGUUAUUCUCCCGGAAUUCUCACUUUCCUUUUCCUUCUUUUUCAUUUCUUCAUCUUUUUUUUUAUUUAUUUAUUUUUCCUCCCAAACACUCUGAAGACAGCGUUUCUGUGGACUACACGAAUCUCUCCUGUCACUUUCCCCCCAUCCUGUAGACAGUCAUGACACAUUUUGACAUCUCACUCCGGAGCAGAUUUGAGGAAGACUAUCGGCGCUUUUAACGGGGACACCCCCCCUUACCACCACCACCACCACCUGAACCUCCACCUCCAGCCUCGUUCCUGUUACCUCUUCUCUGCUGACACUGUAUCCCCUCCAGCGAGGCGAUGAAUGAAUGAGGAGCACUUCUUGAGCCGCUGCCAGUGAAGUGUCCGGGAGGAUGUGUCGCUCCGUCCACCUGUCUGCGGAGGAAGAAUCGGGACUAUUGUAGACAAAAACAGUCGUAAAAAGAGAAAGAGAAAUAAAGACUAGAGAGCUGCGGACAUGGUGGAGUUGUCAACAUAGGCUGACACGCAGUAUGUGUGCGGUAAAUCUUCAGACCAGCGUCGCUGCUUUGUCAUCGCACAGCGCUGUUGGACAUCCCUGUCGGUGCCGUGAGGUGCGCUGCGCUUAAAGCUUUCAUCGUGUCAAGGCAGGGAAACAACAACACGUGAAGAUGAUUCUGUUCCGUAAAUUCAGAGUGCUGAUACUCAUGGUGUUUCUGGUGGCGUGCACCAUGCACAUCAUGAUAGACUUGCUACCCAAACUGGAGAAGCGUGCGGCGGGAGCGGACGGCGCGGACGCCGGAUGCCAGUGCGCCCACCACCCGGCCGGGGAGGCGCAGGGCUGGGGGAAGCAGCGCGCCAGGUCGGCGGCCGAAGCGGGCUGGCCUAACAAGCACACGCUGAGGAUCCUGCAGGAUUUCAGCAACGAGCCGAGCUCCAACCUCACGUCGCACUCCCUGGAGAAGAUCACGGCGGCGGCGGACAGGGCGGACUCGUUCCGGCGGAUGAGACCGUCGGCGGGGAAGGCGGAGGACCACAAGCCGCUCAUCGGGGACGCGAGCGGGGCUCGGACGGUCCCCGCCCGCGGUGUGUCCCGGCUGUCCGCUCUGUUCGAGCAUCCUCUGUACAAGGUUGACCUUCCUCCUCUCACGGACGAUGACACCUUGUUUAACGUCAACACAGACAUCAGGUUUUAUCCCAGAGCAGCAGGGAACCAGGGAUGGCACAAUGAGGAGGCGAACGAGGAGGAGGAGGAGUUCACACCAACCGGAGAGGUGACGGCGGAGUCUUACCCCAACUGGCUGCGUUUCCACAUCGGCAUCAACCGCUACGAGCUGUACUCCAGACACAGUCCCGUGCUGGACGCCCUGCUCCAGGACCUGGUCACACAGAGGAUCACCAGCGUGGCCAUGAAAUCAGGAGGCACCCAGCUGAAGUUGAUCAUGACGUUCCAGAACUACGGACAAGCGCUGUUCAAGCCCAUGAAGCAGACCCGGGAGCAGGAAACCCCUCCAGACUUCUUCUACUUCUCCGACUUUGAGAGGCAUAACGCCGAGAUCGCAGCUUUCCACUUGGACAGGAUCCUUGACUUCCGGAGAGUGCCCCCGGUGGCAGGCCGACUUGUCAACAUGACGAGGGAGAUCAGAGACGUGACGCGUGAUAAGAAGCUGUGGAGGACCUUCUUCAUCUCGCCAGCCAAUAACAUCUGCUUCUACGGCGAGUGCUCCUACUACUGCUCCACGGAGCACGCUCUGUGCGGCAAACCGGACCAGAUCGAGGGCUCGCUAGCAGCCUUCCUGCCAGACCUGAACCUGGCCAAACGCAAGACCUGGAGGAACCCAUGGAGACGCUCCUACCACAAACGCAAGAAGGCCGAGUGGGAGGUGGAUCCAGAUUACUGUGACGAGGUUAAGCAGACUCCUCCAUAUGACCGAGGCACUCGACUGCUGGACGUCAUGGAUAUGACCAUCUUUGACUUCUUAAUGGGAAACAUGGAUCGACAUCAUUAUGAAACAUUUGAGAAGUUUGGAAACGACACCUUCAUUAUUCACCUCGACAACGGAAGAGGGUUUGGAAAACACUCCCAUGACGAGCUGUCCAUCCUGGUGCCUCUAAGCCAGUGCUGCAGGCUGAGGAAAUCCACAUACCUGCGUCUACAGCUUCUGGCCAAAGAGGACUACCAGCUGAGCGCCCUAAUGGAGGAGUCUCUGCUCCGUGACCGGCUUUCCCCCAUCCUCAUCCAGCCUCACCUCCAGGCCAUGGACCGCAGGCUCCGGCUGGUGCUGCAGGUCUUGGUGGGCUGCAUAGAGAAAGAAGGCUACAUUAACGUGGUGGAGGAGGACCUAGUCCGGGACAGUGCCACCCACAGGAGCCCGGGGCACAGGUAGUGAGGGCGAGACUCGAGGGAGACAGAAACAAACCACAAUGGACCACGUUGUGUGGCUGUUCGACCAAUGGGACUGCACCGAAAGUCUCACCUUUCUGAUAUCAAGCUGAAUUCAGUGAAUUCCAAGACUUGCCAUCAUUGCCUCUAUGGAACCUGCUUUUACGUGUGUUUAUAUAAAAGAAAACUGCCCGGAGACCCCAUGAGAGACUGUCCUCACACAGAGAGAGGCUUUGUAUGUGUUAGAUACAGAUGUAUUUUAUCAAAUGUUGUACAAGACACAAGGGAACCACUGCUGUGUUCUGAUUCUGUCCUGUUUGUUUUGAAACAUGGAGGGUUUGCUUUAUGUGAUUUAUGAUAUUAGUACAUAACCAAAUGAGAAACAUACAUCCUGAUUGGGCAGCGUAAGGUCCGACAAUAAGCUUUAUCAGUUAUUAAAACAUACAGGAAAAGGUUGAGGUUUGCAAUCAAACACAUCAGCAGAGAGAAAUGAAGUCACAACCACGAGUUCUGCGUGUUCAAUUCAUCGGUCUUUAUAAGCUUUUUGUCUAGGCACAGACCGACUGAAAAUGUUAUCACAUCUUUCUGAACAGCUUAGAUCUGAGCGCAAGUAUAUCUGACGCUGUAGUUCAAAUAGUUCCUUCACUUUGCCUUAUUCUGAUUUCCUUUGUUUCUUUUUUUACUUUCUCAUCUCCCCUGCAAGUCUAGCUUGCGGUACAACAGCGCAAAACACUAAAAUAGUAUUUUCCAAUACCAAAAGCAUUCAAACGUGUUAGUGUUCAUUCAAAUGCACUACUAGUCUUACAUGCAGACCUGAAACAUUUAGAGCUGUCGUCAGUUUAUGCAAUGCAACAUGUUACAAUUUGUAUGUUGAGUCAUUUUUAUGAGAUUUCAUGUCCGGGUGACUAUUUAUUGGUGCGUCACAAAGAAUGAGAUGUGUUUUAAUCAGUUCUAGGUUUUUGCUUUAUAUGUUGGGAAAUAAUUACCUUAGUGUUGGAUACUACGUAUUUAAAAUUUCUUUGGGGACUUAUUUUUAUGUUCAGAUGACAGAAAAACAGCAAAGCUAUUAGAUUUUCGACGCGGUGCCAUGCAUUUCUCCUCCACAGAGUCCUGUGCACUGGCUGACCCGGUACCUGUGCAAUGACAGAAAUACAGUACUUGAAUGUUUUUUGGGUUAGCAGUAUGAACAGGAUUCACAGAGCUGCAGGCAGUGUACAGCCUGAGAGGCUGGACUCCAGCCUCCAGCCUCUGAAGAAGUGCUUCGGGGGGUUGAUAAAGUGGUUAAAAAUGCCUCGUCCCACCGCAGGGAUAUCCUCGGGCACUGCUCUUUGAUUUUCAUAUUCUCAGUGUAAAUACCUAUAAAUACUUUGAAGACCUAACAAGCUUCACCGCACAGUGAUUUGCUUCUGUUUUCUGCUAUUGCAUUGUUACUGUGAAAGAUCUGUUUACUAAAUGAUUAAAGUGUGCAAUAAAAACAAAA